CAGCGAGUCUGAAGAGUGAUUUCAUGACAUGAGAAGGAAAAGGAAAAUCAGAAAUUUAUAUUUAAGAGAUGAUGAUUGGAUCGUGGACGAGUCUUCGUUGAAAACCGUCUCUAUUCUUGGCCGACUUUGGGCAAUGAAGUCAUCGCCUAUGCAUCUCAGAAACAUUCUCGACAAGGAGCUCAGGAUCAUGCAUCGUUUCCGCGAUCAUCCUCGCAUCGUCAAUGCCUCAAACACUCUUCACUUGCAAACCAAACCCUACGAAUGCUACACGAUCUAUAUGGAGUACGCCUCCAAAGGUAAUCUCGAUAAGAUGAUCUACGGUUCUCGCAGCCGAUCACAGCAGAUACCUGAGUCUUUGGUCCGACGUGCGGCUCGUAUGAUCCUAGAAGGACUCGUGGCUCUUCACUCCCAUGGUUACGUUCACUGCGACCUCAAGCCAUCCAAUGUUCUGCUCUUCCCUUCCACAAAUCCCGGAGAGCCGUGGGAUCUCAAGCUUGCUGAUUUCGGUUCAUCCAAGGAACCUGAUUCCGAGUAUGGUUCCAUGUCCGUUGGUACGGCUGAGUACCUACCACCAGAGUCUUUUGCGCCAAACAGACUGAUCAUGGAUCCGGACCUUGAUAUAUAUGCUCUAGGGUGUGUGGUUUAUGAGAUGUUUGGAGCUAUACCUAUCCCGGAACCAUUUGAUGAAUUUUACGAGUGGAAGUUGCGUGGUCGAGAUGUCUCUCCGGAGGCUAGAGAUUUCUUGAGGCGGUGCCGUGACAUUCAUCCACGCAGGCCCACCGCGGCUGAUCUCUUGAACCAUCCUUUUAUUACAGGAAGACUUCCAUCGCCAACCACAGAAGAGGACAAGGACAUAUCUAGGUCGUUGAUUCCAAGUGUCUCGAAACUUCGUUUGAGCUGAUGAUCCUAUUCUUCCUCUGCUGUUAAACCUAGAAAAAACUUGAUAGUGAAUAUUGCUAUGGAAAAGCCUAGCCGAUAGAUGUACCAAGGAUCGUCCCUUCCGGUCAAGUGCGCGAAGCGGGAGUGCGUGAGAGAUGUGAGAUGACAGCCAUCGAGAGCAAACUCUAAAUAAGAUUAUGAGAUCGAUUUCUCUAC